GUCUAGCAAAGAAAUAAGUAAAAUACUUAAUAAUGCGAUAAAACAAGAAGUUUAGCAGACUACCGAGCCCCACCUCCACAGACUAAUCCAUAGGUCAGUUUUAUUGAUCAAUACAUUUGUCCAAACACAGGGCGGCUCUCAUGUUGCUUUAUUCUUACGGCUCUUCUGAUUGGCUGGGUCAAAUGUCAUUCAAUGCUAAGCUACGUCCCACUUUCUGGACGUCUAACAACAGGGGAAAAACAGCAACAGGGGCUAAACAGAGGGGGAAAAUAAUAUAAAUCUUUUCCCCAAAAGCAGUAAUUUAAUCGCCGCUUUGAUUGGCAAGUUUUUAGGAAGGUCCCGGUUUUUUAUUUUCUGAGGAGUUUUCCCACUCUGUUCGGUGUGAGGCUGUGUGGGGAUGGAUGAGAUGCGGCCUAGCAGCGGAACAGCAGCGCACCUCGGCCUCGCCUCGCUCUUCCCCCCGGGACUGCAGGCCAUUUACGGGGAAUGCAGACGCAUGUACCCCGACCAGGCAAAUCCGCUGCAAGUCACAGCCAUUGUGAAGUACUGGCUGGGAGGUCCAGAUCCUCUGGACUACAUUAGUAUGUACAGAAACGUGGGCUGUCCUGGACAGAACAUACCAGAACAUUGGCACUACGUCAGCCUUGGUCUCAGUGACCUGUACGGAGACAACAGAGUUCAUGAAUUCACAGGUCAAGAUGGCCCAAGCGGAUUUGGUUUUGAGCUCACAUUUCGCCUGAAGAGAGAAGCAGGAGAGACUGCACCCCCCACUUGGCCAGCUGAGCUCAUGCAAGGCUUAUCUAGAUACGUGUUUCAAUCAGAAAACACCUUCUGCAGUGGUGAUCAUAUUUCAUGGCACAGCCCAUUGGACAACAGUGAAUCUAGAAUCCAACACAUGCUACUCACAGAAGACCCCCAGAUGCAGCCCGUGCACACCCCUUUCGGUCAUGUCAGCUUCCUUCAGAUUGUAGGCGUUUGCACAGAAGAGCUGCAGGCAGCACAGCAGUGGAACGGUCAGGGCAUUUUGGACUUACUAAGGGGGGUACACAUUGCUGGGGGUCCAUGGUUAAUCACUGACAUGAGAAGAGGUGAAACCAUAUUUGAGAUUGAUCCACACUUGCAAGAACGAGUGGAUAAGGGCAUUGAGACGGACGGCUCUAAUCUGAGCGGCGUCAGUGCCAAGUGUGCCUGGGAUGACUUGAGCCGACCUCCUGAGGACGAGGAUGACAGCAGGAGUAUUUGCAUUGGGUCACAGCCACGCAGGCUGUCUGACAAAGACACUGAACAGAUUAGAGAGGCCCUGCGGAAAGGACUGGAGAUUAAUAGCAAGUCUGUCCUGCCUCCCAUCAGCGGUCAGAGACACGGUCAUGAUCGGCCACAACAAUCAGUUGGACAUUUGCAGACCCAGCAGAACUCAAGAAGUCGUAAGGAUAGUCUGGAGAGCGAGAGUUCAGCAGCUAUUGUUCCCCAUGAGCUUGUGCGAACGCGACAGCUGGAAAGUGUGCACCUAAAGUUUAACCAGGAGUCUGGAACUCUACUUCCACUGUGCCUCAGAGGUCGACUGCUUCAUGGUAGACAUUUCACAUACAAAAGCAUUAAUGGAGACACAGCAAUCACGUUUGUGUCCACUGGGGUAGAAGGGGCCUUUGCCACAGAAGAGCAUCCGUAUGCAGCACACGGACCGUGGCUACAGAUAUUACUUACAGAGGAAUUUGUAGAGCAGAUGCUAGCUGAGCUUCAGGAUUUGAGCACCCGUGAAUCUAAACUGCCGAAGGAAUACAGCUGGCCAGAUAAGAAGCUAAAGAUCUCUGUCCUACCAGACUCUGUGUUCGAAAGCCCACUUCAGUAAGACAUGGGAGCUGACUGCCCCUGAUUAUAGACAGACAUCUCUAAUAACAAGCUCAACUCCAGAGCUCACAUGCCUACAGACAGAAGGAAACACAUUCAGACAUUUCCCCUCUUCAAAGAACACUGUAAAUGAUGGCACACGAUUAAGUAUUUUGGUUCGAAUUGUGUCCAUUAUACCUAUUAUUUUGAAUUUAUCUAUUGACUUGUGCCAUUUCUAAAUAUAUGCUGGGUUUUAUUUUUACUUCCCCUUGUUUCUGAUCGUGUUAUGUUUCAAAAGACAGGUAAAAUUCAUUACAUUGCAAUUUUAGCACUGGUGCCUAAACUUAUCAUAGAAUGGACUCGAAUUUCUUUGAAAAAAAAACUGUCCCUAUUAAAUCCUGCGAAGGAAAGCAUUUUAAUGAAUAAGCCUUUGUGAAAGAUUUAUUUAUCUAAAAAUUCUCUCUUUACUCUAGAUAAAAUACAAUAGUGCCUAAUUCAAGUUGAUGAUCUAUGGUAGGGAUAAAGCCUCUUUGUGUAAUUUGACCCAAAAGUGGUCGGUUAGUCCAAUAACACAAUGCCAAAGUUUGUAUAUUAAUGAUGUUUGCCAAACCACAUGUAAUAUAAAAAGUAGGAAAUUAUUUCAUGUUAUUUCCUUUCUUUGAUAUUUUUUGGUGUUUUACAUGUAUUGGAUUUAAUUUUCUUUAAGACUGUAUGAUUGCAUUCCUAGCCUCUUUGUAUGGACUUAAGCUAACCGGUUCCUAAACAUCAGUCUAUUUUUGCAGAAUGUGCAUUUGCUAUUUUUGAGAUAUGUGCUGAAUAAUAGGUCAAUGUAAAAAAGAACCCUUUAUUAGUGCUUUAUAAAAUAUGAUUUUAAUUAGUGUACUGUCAUUUUUUUAUAUUCAGGAGAAUCACUACACUGCCUGUGGUUUUGUUAUUCUUAAGUGCAUUAAAGUUAUUUACAUAA